AUGUGCAUCAGCCAGUCGGACCCCGAGCAGAAGAAGCGCGGGGUGCUCUCGAUCGGCGGCUUCCUGCGGAGGUCCGACCUGAUGCUGAUGCUGUGCACGCCCAGGUACUUUUCGCGGAUGUGGUGCGCCUUCGAGAUGGCCGCCUGGAUGCGGCUCAAGAACGUUGGCUCGAUCAUUUUUCUGCCGCCGAGCCACGCGAAGUUCACCGGCCUUUUCUUCUCCAUCGUGCUGCUCACCCACUUCUGCAUCUACAUUGGCACCUGGCUCCCUCGCGUGCCGACGAUCCCUCUGGCGCUGCUCGUCGCGAACUGCGCCCCCCUGCCCCUGACCUACUUUGCCAGGCAGGUGAUGCGGGAGCUCCUGUCGAUGCCCGACCUGCUGCGCGAGCACGACGUGUCCAAGACGCAGUGCUUCUGCUGUUCGCACCGGCACGUCGACCCGGCGACGGGGUUUGCGCUCCUGUGCGAUCGCGAGAUCGUCUACGAGGCGAUCGACGGCUGGUACGGGAUCACGCCGGCCUCGUCGCAGCAGCUGGCCGCGGAGGCGGGCGGGUCGCCGUGCGGGGUGCCCGCAGUGGCAAGCCGCGUCGGCAAGGAGCGCUUCAACGAGGAGGUCCAGACGAAGCUCUCGGAGGCACUCGAAAUCAUGGUCGCCAAGCCAACGAGCUACCGCUCGUGGCUCAUCGUCGCCUCACCGUCAAUAUGGUGGUACCUCGACCAGAUCACCGCCAUGGUCGUGGACGGCCCGCACGACCCCUACCUGGUUUUCAAGCGUGGCUUGCGGAUCUUCAUCGUCUGCUUUCUGCUGUGGCCGCUCAACUGCGCACAGGUGCUGCGGGAGGCGAAGCGCUUCCGGCGCCGCGGCACGGGCCGCUGCGGCGAGCUCGGGCUCACGCUCGCAGCUUUCGUCUGCGCGCAAGGCCCGUGCACUGUCUGCAACUUUGUGCUCGUCGCCGUCGCCGAGCCCUCCCAGAGCGCGGUCUUCGAGGCGGUGCUCAUCGUUCUGAUUUCCGCCCGACUCGCUGUCCUGCUGUACCCGGCGCGGCUUCGGGCCGCGGCCUUCGCGCUGGCCCGGCGUCGCGUGACGGCGUGA